AUGGGCCUCGAUCCUCGCCAUGAUGGCCAUGGCGACAUGGACAUGGGGAGUAUGGGCACUACUUCUGGUGUCCCGGGCUACUUCUACAUGCAGAAAAUGUAUUGGGUUGUUAUUGGAUCCGUCAUAGCGUUUGCCGCACUGCUCAACCUCCUCGACAACAUCCUCCUCUGGCAACGCCAACAGAGUCUCAACGCGAAGCCAAAGUUCUUCCUGGCCUCUCUGUAUGCCACAGUAACCGCUCUCGGCCGCGAGACCAAUUCUGCCUCCCUCCCAACCUACCGCCUCGGAUGGCUGACCCUUCGCUCACCCCCGUCAGGGAAACUCAUUGUUGUUCUCUCCUAUCUGGUCACUAUCACCGUCAUGUGCCUCUACAUGUACGACACCGGCGACCAAUGGAGCUGGGAAGACAUUGCCUAUCGGUGUGGUUGUAUUGCUCAGGCUCAACUACCGCUGAUUUUCCUGUUGGCUGGCAAACAGAAUAUCAUUGGCUGCCUGACGGGGAUGAGUUACGAGCGCCUCAAUUGGUUACAUCGAUGGGUCGCUCGCAUUCUUUGGCUUACAGCCACCUUCCACCUAAUGUUUUGGUUUCGAAGCUGGGCCCGAUACGAUUACAUUCGAGUUAAGUUGUCAACGGACCGUUUGACCCAGACUGGGUUUGCUUCUUGGUGUAUCCUGACUGCCAUCGUUGCUUUUUCGUUCGCCCCGAUAAGGCGAUUUAAUUACGAGGUGUUCGUCAUCUCUCACUUAGUCUUGUUUGCUGGCUUGAUUGGUUCAAUCUACACCCAUGUAACUUAUGGCAAGACCUACAUUUGGUUUUGCGUAGGCAUCUUCUUCUUGGAUCGGACUGCGAGACUCGCUGUCGCUGCCGUUGCCAAUCUUUCCUUUCUCCAUCGCCGAUCACCAGGGAGACAUUGGCUUUGGGCCAACCGAGCCACACUCACUCCUCUUCCUGGAAACAUCACUCGCAUCACCAUCGACAAGCCUGUCUUGAAAUGGAGCCCGGGCCAGCAUGUCUUCCUCUCCUGUCACACAGUGGUGCCAUUACAGAGCCAUCCAUUCACCAUAGCAUCCCUGCCGUGCGACGAGAAGCUCGAAUUUCUUGUCCAAGCUCGCAGAGGUGGGACAAAACGGUUUCAUCGAUUUGCAUCGAAAAGCCGAUUACUUCCGAAUAGCGGAAGUGCUCCUUCUUACCAGCGCGUUGCGAAUGAUGAGCCGAGCCUUGUCGGCCACAAGCUUGUAGGCAUGGAGGGACCGUAUGGUAGAAUUAGGCCACUUCGACAAUUCGACAGUAUUGUCUUCCUUGCAGGGAGCACUGGAGCAACCUUCACGGUGCCUUUGAUGCGGGACAUCAUCCAGCGCUGGAAAGAUAAUGUGGGUGGGUCAAAAGCAAUUGUGACCAGGAAGAUACGCUUUGUGUGGGUGAUAAAGGCACGGGAUAGGCUCUGCUGGUUCCAGGAACAGUUGGAGAAUGCUCUCUCUGACGUCGCAAAUAUUCGAACAAGCGAAGGCCACUUGAACAAAGACCUCGACCUCAGCAUUUACAUCACCUGCGAUGAAGAACUAGACGCUUCAAAGGCCAGCGUUCCAUGUGAACCAUCGGAACAUGGACCCGCAGAAAUCGCUUCGGCAGCAGUUUUCCAUGGUGAGGAGAAAUAUCAACUUGGUCUGGAUGAAAAGGUCGAAGUGCAGUCACUUGGUUCAAACGGCGAUGCUGCUGCUGAUGCGAGCCGUGGAUGUUGCUGUAAAAAAGCGGCCAAUGAAGACGCAGCCCCAAUGUCAUGCUGUUGUGUUCGACCAACAUCUUCUAGUGAUGACUCGAUUUCAUCCUCCGUCAAUGAAAAAGGCGGUAAAUCAUCGGCAUUAGAACCCCAUUCAGCACACACAGGACUCAAGCUUGUCUCUGGCCGUCCAAAGCCGCGGAGUCUGAUCCGCAAGGUUCUGGAAGAAGCCGAGGGUGAGAGUGCAGUCGUGGUUUGUGGGCCUCAAGGGCUGCAGGAUGAUGUUCGACGUAGCGUUGUUGCGUUGAGUGAUGAACGUGCUGUUCAUAAAGGCACUGGCGCUCAAGGCAUCUUCCUUCACGUUGAAGGGUUCUGCUAUUGA